UUCGAAGGGCUUAGUGAGCGUCGCAAACAAAAUUAUGGGAAAUAUUAACACAUUUGAUAACUUCCGUGACACAAAGAUGAACUGUAACUGAGAAACAAAAGCAAUCAGAAGUGUAGGCGAAGUUCAAGUAAAUUAAUGAGGGCUUGUUGCCGGGUGGAUCGACGAAGCUUCUGGUGAUUCUCUUGAACAGGAACUGACGAAAGAAAAGCAGUAUCGACGAAAGAUUCAAAAUGUUGCUGUUUCUAAUAACCACCUUGCUUGUAACAUCUCAUUGUGUCACGGCUGUUUAUCCAAACAAGACUUCCACAAUUCACUUUGGUGCGUUUGUGCCCUUCUUGGAAUAUUUUAUUGAUUAUGGUGUUCCAAAUGGAAAGGACCGAUUUGGAUACAAAGCUGCAAUUGAUAUGGCUGUUGAGAUCAUCAACAACAGAUCUGAUAUUUUACCUGAUUACAAAAUCCAAGUUCACUUUGGAGAGACUUUCGGAGACGCACCUGUGGCUUUGAAGUCAUUCAUAGAUUUUGUGACAAAUAAACCGACAAAGAUUGGUCUUAUUGGUCCUGCCUACUCGCAGGCAGCAAACCCAGUGGCAAAUGUUGGUUUAGUCUAUGCCAUACCACAGAUAACGUACGCGUCUCUGUUGCCAAAGUUGAUCAAUCGCAGAAAGUACCCGUAUUUCUUCAGAACCACGCCAUCAAUGCUGUCGUUUAAUGACGCAAAACUGGCUUGGUUGAAGCACUUUAAAUGGGCGCGAGUUGGACUCCUCUAUGACUAUAGUCAAACCCUCCACUUCGAGGCUAUCGAUAAGCUGCAGAAGUUGCUGAAACAAAAUGGCGUCGAAGUUGUAGCAAUUGAAGGAUUUGCAAGUGACUUUGGAGGCACAGCUGCCGCGGAAGUUAAGAAACUUAAGGAACUCGAUGCCAGAAUCAUUUUCACAGAACUGUCAAGUUGGGGUGCCCAGUCCGUCUUUUGUGAAGCUUACAAGCAAAACAUGUAUGGAGAAAAAUAUGUUUGGUUUGCAAGUGCAGCGCUGGACAAAAACUGGUACAAAAAUAUGAAGCCAUAUAAUUAUUGUAAUCCAGAACAUUUAAGAACUGCAAUUGAGGGAUAUUUUUACGUCACAAGACUUGAUCUGCGGACAGAUGGCAAAAGAACACAGAGUGGGCUGACUGCUCCAGAGUUCUUCUCCGCCCUGAAGAGACGUGUACCACAUGCUUACACAUUUGCCUCAUUUGCGUUCGAUGCCGUCUGGGUUUUUGCCAACGCCCUUCACAAAAUCAGCAAGUCACACAACUUGACAACGUUCAAAUACAGGGAUCCAAGAUUCUCAUACCUCACUUAUGCACAAACGAUAAUUAAUGCAAAGUUCGAGGCCAUAUCGGGACCGCUGCGCUUUGAUAAAAGCAGUGAAAGGCUUGGUUACGUCAUGGUCGGUCAGUUCGUAAACGAAAGCUUUACCAAAAUCGCGCUACACACAUCAACAACGGGAAAUAUCACAUUUUAUACUGGGAAGCGUGAAACCCUUUUUAAUGGAAAACCACCACCGCUAGAUCACACCGUUAAAUCGUUUGUUGCCAAAACAUUGUCAACUCCUGCAAUUGCUGUAAUGUGGAGUUUUGCUGCCUUUGGUCUCAUUGUCGCCUGCUUUUUUCUUUAUUUCAAUAUUAGAUACAGAGAAAACAGGUUGAUCAAGAUGUCUUCCCCGAUGAUCAACAAUGUGAUCAUUAUUGGCAGCAUUCUGUGCUACGUUGCUGUCAUUCUUUUUGGAUUGGAUACGAGGCUGAUUGAAAAGUGCUCCAUUCCUCGAAUGUGCAAUGCAUUUGUUUGGAUCUUGAGCUUUGGUUUUACUCUCUCAUUCGGAGCUUUGUUUAGCAAGACAUGGCGGGUUUACAAAAUAUUCACGGCUGCGAAAUCAAUGGAAAGAGUUGCCAUUCUUGAUCGCCAUCUGUUUGGAAUCAUUUUUAUACUGAUUGGUGUUGAUGUUAUUUUGCUGACAAUGUGGAUGAUUGUUUCUCCUUACAACCUAAAAAUCACCGAAAUAUCUAGAGUUGGAAACAUUAUGCGUGAUGUCAUAGAGGUUACUCAAGUGUUCCACUGUUCUGCCAAAUUUGGACUCUAUUUCUCAUCAGCUACCAUCGCGUACAAGGGAAUCCUCCUCUUCUUUGGCCUUUUCUUAGCCUGGGAGACGAGACAUGUCGAGGUCCCUGCAUUGAACGAUUCCAAGUUCAUUGGAAUGGCUGUGUACAACGUGGCCGCUAUAUCAGCGAUCGGGGUCACGUGCACAUAUGCAUUGAGCGACGCAGCCUCGAAUGAAGCCAGCUACACAAUCGUCUGUCUGUGCAUUAUUCUGUGUACCACUGUCACGCUUUGCCUUGUGUUUCUACCAAAGCUUACCUUGCUCUUUGGAAAAGAGGCUAAUAUAAUAGUCGAAACCUCUCGUCUCUCAACCUUGAAGAACCGGCCAGCAUCAACCAUAUCUGUCGCGGGCAAAGUCCACCAGAAAGAGCCUUUGAGUAAUGGCAGAAAUGGCAGUGGCCUUGUUCACGCGAAGCAUUCUGUGACGACGCUCUCGAGCAUUGCCUCGCUACCAACAGAGUGUGGUCUGAAUUCCUUCGAUACAAAAGCCUGGUCAGCUUCAAUGAGCGAGCUUUCCAGUAGCUGCCGCAGUGAGGAGACGCUAGCAUCCAGCGUAAGCACCACAUUACCAUUGAGCACGCGAAAGCAAGGCGUCAGCGGAAUGCCCUCUAACGGCCGCGUUUACAACAAAAGUGGCUCGAUGUGCGAGCUGACGAGUCAUAAAAGAAAGGUUUCUGAUGCACCAUAUUGUGGCGAGGUCAAAGAAUCACCCGAAGAGCCAAAUACGUCAUUAUCGGAAAGUAAUGCCAAGGCCAACGCCGAGGAGUCUAUGAUGAAAUUGCCAAAUGGGGUAUCUAUAGACGCUGGACCCGAGCCAGAUGUGGUAACAAGCCCUUUGAAGCCUAGAAUAUUGCCAAAAGAUGAAGUCGACACCAGUUUGGGAAAGAAGGCCAAAGUUGUUGAAACCGACAUAAACGCUGACCCGACCGUGGACAAUGAUGAUGGAGAUGCCAACAGUGACUCAAAACCAGUGGCAAACGGUACUGCAUCGUCUGCGUGAGAUGCCCAUAUGAUUUUGUCUAUAUAUUUGACUUAAACUCGUCUUUAACAGUAUAAAACGUGAGAGAUCGAGGCUUCUUUUUAAAUUGUCAGAUUAAUCAUUGACAAGAUGUACUUGUUACAUGACAUGAUUUUACCAAUACCGGAGAGCAUUCUGGGUUAUGUAGAAUUUUUGAGUGAAGAAGAGAAUUUAGGGUUUCCUUUCAAUUUUUCAUUGCCUUUUGAGUUAAAAUAUAUUUAUACAAGGUAGCAAUUCAAAAGAGCUUUUCUGUUGGAAUAAAAACUAAGAUACAAUAUUUGCAGUUGGAAACAAAACAGCACGUAUUUUUAUGCAAAUUAAUGCAGGACAAUAUCUAAAAUUGUGCGGACAUCUUUCAUUAGUAUUUAUCUCAUUACGAAACAUUUUAGAUACAGUAGAGUAACUUGCCCCAAAACGUAAAGCCUUGGCUUUAAGGGCUGCUAUAUAGCAAGGUUUUUUGUUAAGCACCGAUCAAGUAAAAGAGAUCUACAUUCAUUUACCACAUUACAGCCUCAAUGUUGCUGGAUGCAAAGCUCUCAAUGUAGGUCAAUAAAUGAAUGAAAAUGCAUCUCAGGCUGGAUUUUCUUAGAAUUCAGUCCAGUUUCAAAACUCCUGUUCCCUCAAUCCUCGUACAAAUAACCGUGAAAUGGCCAUUGGUGUGGUCACAACUAACCAGUCUGCAUUUAUUCUUUCUCCUCGUAAAGUAAAUACAUUUCUCUCAACAAUUUGUGUUUUAGACAAUUAGUAUAUGUUUCAUUAAUUACGAUACUUGUAUGUAACAUAAAGCGUCCGUCACACUUAAAUUGUAAUUUAUGCAUGAAUCAUAAGGCUUACAAUUUAACAUAGAUUAUGAAAAACAUGCAAUAUUUAAGCAUUAUUGUUAAUUAUUGCUGCAUAUGGACAUAUUCAAAAUUUGCGAAAUUGGCUCCAUUUUAGCUAUCAGCUGUUUUACAAUUCUCGUAUCCCUGUAUCAAUCUUUC